GCAUUCUAUCGAUAAUUAUAUAAUGUUCAUUCAUUUCCUGCUCUGUACCUCAUCAUCAGCACUCACAAUUGAGAACAUCACCAAACAAGACACUUUACAAUCAACACUCCAACAAAAACCACUACAUUCAAGCAUAUAACAAACGUGAAAAUGCUUCCCGCUGCCACUUCCGCCCACAUCGCUCCUAAGGUCCUCCCCAUCGUCUUGACUGUUGGAGGCGCUACAGUUGCAGGCCGCUCGCUGAGCCAUUACAACAGGGAGACAAUUCGGGCGCAACCUACACAACGAACUCAACCUCAACCUCGAUCGAGAUAUUUCGAGCUGGUUCUUGAGUCGGUUUUCGCAUAAAUACUUUACUUUGCUGGACAAAGGGAAUGAAUGAUUCAUGAUGGGCGGCGCAUUUAAUUGAGGCAUAUCUGUUAGCCAUUUGGAGUUUUUGCUUUACGAAUAAAUAUUCAUUCAACCAUCU